UUUUACAUCAAACACUUACUAAUUAGUAUUCUGAUCUCUUAAUCCAUUUUCUCAAAAUCCAUGGAUCACAAACUCUUCCUUGUCACAAAACUUUUGUUUUCAAUUCUUACGCUUCACUUCUUAGCCUCGCCAUCCUUUGCAUAUCAUCGGCAGCCUCCGAAAAGGCUCGUUCCACCAGAAACCAUUUGCAAAUUCACCCCAUACCCAUCUUCUUGCAAAUCUUUGCUACCAAACAAGAUAGCCAAUGUCUAUGACUACACCAGAUUCUCCGUCCUGAAAUCCUUAUCUCAGACCUUCCAGUUCCAGAGACUGGUGAACCGCUAUCUUCAGCGUCGGUCCUUUCUGUCACAAACUGAAAUCACCGCACUCGAGGAUUGCCAGUUCCUCACGGGCCUGAAUAUCGACUACUUGAUGAGCUCGUUAGGCACCAUCAACGUGACGAGCGGUGCUCUCCCAACAUGGAAAACCGAGGACGUCCAAACGCUUCUCAGCGCCAUCUUGACCAACCAGCAGACUUGUUGGGACGGCCUGCAAUCGGCUUCUUCAAUGAGGGUAAGAAAUGGCCUCUCAGUUCCUGUGGCAAACGACACUAAGCUGUACAGUUUAUCUCUUGCAUUGUUCACCAAUGGUUGGGUUCCUAAGAAGGACUUCACGGGGCAUUUCAAUCAAAGGAAACUAAACGAGCGUUUUCCCUUCCCCGUGUGGAGCUUAAUUAGACGUGGUUUAUUGUAUGAAUCGUUGACUGAGAGGAAAAUGCUGCAAACAGAGGAUGGACAAUCACAAAGCAAAGUGUUGAUCAGAGAUGUGGUGACUGUAAGUCUGGACGGGACUGGAAACUUCACCACCAUCAAUGAUGCCGUCGCUGCGGCUCCGAAUAACUCUGCGGCUUCAAAAGGGUACUUUGUGGUAUACGUCAAGGCUGGGGUCUACGAAGAGUAUGUAUCGAUUGAGAAGAAGAAGAAGUACUUGAUGAUGAUCGGUGACGGUAUUAAUCAGACUAUCAUCACCGGCAACCGAAGCGUUGUUGAUGGUUGGACAACUUUCAAGUCCGCAACUUUUGCUGUUGUUGGACCUGGUUUCGUGGCAAUGAACAUAACAUUCCGCAACACAGCAGGGGCAAGCAAGCACCAGGCAGUAGCAGUCAGAAACGGCGCAGAUCUGUCCGCAUUCUAUAGAUGCAGCUUCGAAGGAUACCAAGACACUCUCUAUACCCACUCUCUCCGGCAAUUCUACAGAGAAUGCGACAUCUACGGCACCGUCGACUUCAUAUUCGGAAACGCCGCGGUUGUCUUCCAGAACUGCAACUUGUACGCCCGCCUUCCCAUGACAGGACAGUUCAACGCCAUCACGGCUCAAGGCAGGACGGACCCCAAUCAAAACACCGGCACGUCGAUUCACAACUGUACCAUCAAAGCCGCCGAGGAUUUGGCGUCGAGCAACGGCGGCGCCAAGACUUAUUUGGGGAGGCCGUGGAAGGAGUAUUCGAGGACGGUUUACAUGCAGUCUUACAUGGAUAGUGUCGUUGAUCCAGUUGGUUGGCGUGAAUGGAAUGGAGAUUAUGCUUUGUCCACAUUGUAUUAUGCUGAGCAUAAUAAUACAGGACCAGGAUCAGACACUGAAAAAAGAGUUACAUGGCCUGGUUACCAUGCGAUUAAUGCUUCAGAUGCUGCUACUUUUGCGGCGUCCAGUUUCUUGCUUGCUGAUAACUGGGUUCCUCAAACAGGAGUCGUUUACACCAAUGGUUUGCCGUGAGAAAUUAUUUAUAUGACAUUUAUAGGCAUUUGAUUAUGUUUCUCGCCGUUGU